UGAGUGUGAGCGCCUCCCUUAAACUCAGUCUUACAACACAGGGAAGACAAGUUUGGACAAUAUUUACGAUCUACGACUCUCACCGCUCACAUUAUGGAGAUGUGAUUCAUUUUUUCAUUAAGUCCGAUCGACCUGGAGUUUUACGUCUUCUUAAAAGACAGGUCUUGGGCGGAUUUUCAACGGCAUGCGGAGGGAUUAGGCAGCCGGGUGAUCGGAGCGUCGAGGCGGCAUCGCUCUGAAAUCCAGCCCGCGGAUUGAGGCCUAAAUUCCCGGAGCGGAUACAUGAUUGUGUUGAUGAGUUGACAUGAGGAGAGAAGAUACUGGACCGAGUCAGGACGGUUUUGCUGCAGAUCGUUUGAGUCAGGCCCUCCUCCAGCCCUGAAUCCAGCAUGACGGAGGUCCAGGCUACAGUGGAGUUCUCUGUGGAGCUCCACAAAUUCUACAAUGUGGAUCUCUUCCAAAGAGGGUUCUAUCAGAUCCGAGCCAGUAUGAAAGUGCCGCCACGGAUCCCGCAGAGGGUGGAAGCCAGUCUGCUGCAUCCCAUAGGUUCGGAUCUGGCUUUUCCAGCAUCAGUUCAAGAUGAUGUGGUCUGCAGCAAAACCUUUCAGAUCCUUUACAAAAAUGAGGAGAUUGUGGUCAACGACGUCUGUGUAUUCAAAGUCAUGAUGCUGCUCGAUGCUAAGAAGGUGGAAGAGUCUUUAAAUGAAAUUGACUUUCAGCUAUGCUUGGACCUGUUCUUCACUGAUGGAGACUACUCGAUUGAGGAGCCCAGUUCUCUGCAGAGCAUCAGCAGUCGUACGCUGCGUUUGCACUUUAGCCUCCACAGAGGCAUCCACCACCACGUCAACGUCAUGUUUGACUACUUCCACCUGUCUGUCAUCUCUGCCACAAUCCAUGCUUCACUGGUGGCUCUGCAUCAGCCUCUAAUCAGUUUCCCCCGGCCAGUUAAAAGCACCUGGUUGAAUCGUAAUGCUCCGGCACAGAGCAAAGACUCCAUCAUCCCACCGCUGGAGACUGUGGUGUUCGGCAGCACCUACGUCAAGCAGCUGUCCCCGGAUGGCAAAAGCUUCCUGGUAUCGGAUCAGUGCCUCCAGCACGCCUUCAGCCUGCACCAGACCAUGUGUGCCAAUCUGCUGCGGGCAUAUCAGAGCCUGUUCUGUUAUUUAACCUCCCUGACAAAGAAUCUGCCUGCAUCCCAGCGCAUGGAGCUUGCCAAGCCCAGCAUGCAGGUCCUUUAUGAACGAGUUCUCAGAAGACCUUACCCUCCAGGCCAAAGGCACGUCUACAUAGAGGAACUUGAUGUGGAGGUCCGACUUCAUGAGCUUUGUGAACAAGUGAAGCAGAAAGCAGAGAGCCCAGAUGAGUUGGCUGAACUGGUGAACAUGAAUUUGGCACAGCUGUGUUCUCUGCUCAUGGCAUUGUGGGGGAAUUUCCUUGAAGUUGUGUCACUAAAUGAGCGUGUCUUUGUGCUUUUGGCCCAGGAGCACCACACACUACGGGUGCAAAGAUUUGCUGAAGCUUUCUUUUGUCUUGAACACCCACGACAAAGUGCACUGGCCUACCAGGAACUGCAUGCUCACAGUCACCAACAAAUGACCACAGCUAUCAAAAGCUCUUCCUACUUCCUGUCCUUACCGCCUCUUCCUGUUGAAUGUGCUGAUCUUGAUGGGGAUGUGAACUCCCUACCAAUCAUCUUUGAGGACAGAUAUUUGGAGUCUGUCACUGAAGAUCGUGAUGGUCCAUGGCUUGGACUCCAAAACAACAGGAGUGGCUCUGUGUCCACCAAAGCAGAUAGAUCCAACUCAAAGGACUGCAUUGCCAGUGGAGCCCUCGGUCCAUACCCAGAUAAGCAGCAAGCUUCCUUUGCCACUGCUUGGCCUGAACAAAACGAGCCUUCCCUCAAAUCCAAAGCCAAGUCCAUCAAGCUCAAGAAGAACACCAAGACCGAAAACUCAAAGAAGCUGAUCAGACAAAGCUCGAAAGACUCUGUGGUGCUCACAGGCUACAAGAACUUGAAGGUUCCUCACAGUGAAAAGACCAUUAAGUCCAAAGACAUCGACCAUCAAUGCAAUCAUAGAGAUGAGCUAGAAGAUGGAGGUAAAUCCCUCCUUCAGAAUGAAACUACGACCACGCAUUGUGCUCAAAAUACUAAAGACUGCACAUCUUGCGACAUUCAUGGUAGCGUCACAAUCCAGAGUGGCGGCUUUUCCAAUCCUACGAGUUUGCAAAUGCAGGCCAGGCCCCAGGCAGGUACUGGAGCAGAGGCCACCGCUGCCAGAGUAGAUCCCACGCAUCCACCUGCUGGCCUCAGACAUAUUGAUGUCAAACCCAGUGACAAGGACCCCUACCAGGGCGAUAAGGUCACCGUUCUCUUACCGCAUCACCCAGAGCGCACCACCAAGAGGGAUGUUCCAGAAAUCACACAGACUGAUUUCUCUGAGUUCAAGAGUCGAGUUGGAGACGGUGCUACUUUCGUUGGACCUUGUGGAGCUGCUUUGAGGAGCGAUAAUGUUCCUCAAGCCUCCUCCAGACUCUCGGAUUCCGGAAUUGAAAGCGAACCGAGCUCUGCGACACAGCUAGCCCCGGUUUCUCCAUCUCCGUUUGCUCCUUCUGGGAUCGAAGCACCUACAGAGCUGAUUCCUCAGAGACCACCUCCGCUCAGUCCUGCUUCCAGAGGAGCCACCGCAUUGGAAGGCCUCAAUCCUGAAAGCACCAGCGGCGUAAGCGGCGUCCAGUCUUCACUCACCUCCAUCAACUCACUCCCUUCGGAUGAUGAGGUGGAGACAGAGGCCACCAGCAGGAAGUCCAGCAUCCUGGUGCAGGAACAGAGUCUCAUCUUCUCCGGAGAAUCUCAAAGCCUUCUGCUGACAAACUCUAGAGUCUUGGCUCAACAAAAAGCUAGUCACGGAGAUGGGAUGGACUCCGCUUUGCAGUCCCGCUGUGAAACUUCUGCUUCUGACAGACUUGCCGGAUCUACUGAGACAGAUCUUCCAGGUGGUCCGGAAGCUUAUAGUGACCCUCAGACAGCAGCUCAGUCCAGUACAUCAGUCACCAGCAGUACAGACUUAGUAAAGAAAGGCUUUGUAGAAAACUACUUUGGCUCUCGCUCGAGUACUGAUGUAUCUGAAAUCAGCCCUUUAGAGACGGCAGCCGUAACAUUGGGAAUUCAGACAUGCCCCAAUGCUAAUGAUGAAGAGGAUGAGGAGGAAGAGCAGGAGCAUGAGAUGAUUGAGAACGGUUAUUAUGAGGAGACCGAUGGUGUGGUUUAUGUUAAUGGCCUCCCAGAGGAUGAAGGGAGGUGUGAAGAUGGAGGAGCGGAGGGAAGAACACUGUUUUAUGAUCAUCUGGGUUUGGAGCAGCUCCAGGAAACUUACAUUUCCUCAGCUGGCAUUCAGACGCGGCCUACUGGACCAGCACAAACCAGCAACGAUCUGUGCUGGUACAAGAGCGCCCCCACUGCUCAGAUGACGGCUUUUGUCAAAGCGAAAGAGGAGUUGAAACAACUAAAGCUGCCAGGCUUCCUGUACAGCGAGAUGGCAGAUCUGGCAUCCACUGUGCCAUAUUUCAGCAUGGAUGAGGAUGAAAACUGUGAUGAUGGCAUACACCUCAUAGUUUGUGUACACGGCUUGGAUGGUAACAGUGCAGAUUUGCGUCUGGUGAAGACUUAUCUGGAGCUCGGGUUGCCUGGAGCUCGGAUAGAUUUUCUAAUGUCAGAGCGAAAUCAGAAUGACACAUUUGCCGAUUUUGAGUCCAUGACCGACAGACUUUUAGAUGAAAUCGUGCAGUACAUACAAAUCUACAACCUCACUGUUUCCAAGAUAAGUUUCGUUGGUCAUUCUCUGGGGAAUCUGAUCGUGCGCUCUGUGCUGACGAGGCCCAGGUUUAAGUGUUACCUCAGCCGACUGCACACCUUUCUGUCUCUUUCUGGACCUCACCUCGGAACACUGUACAACAGCUCUGCGCUCGUCAAUACUGGAUUGUGGUUUAUGCAGAAGUGGAAGAAGUCUGGCUCUCUCCUGCAGCUGACCUGUCGAGACCAUUCGGACCCACGCCAGACCUUCCUCUAUAAGCUGAGCAAGAAAGCAGGCCUUCAGUUCUUCAAGAAUGUGGUGUUGGUGGGCUCUCUUCAGGACCGAUACGUCCCUUAUCACUCCGCUCGAAUCGAGAUGUGCAAAACAGCCUUAAAGGACAAGCAGACUGGUCCGGUGUAUGCCGAGAUGAUCGAGAACCUUCUCCUUCCUGUGCUUCAGAACAAAGACUGUAACCUGGUGCGUUACGACGUCAUCCACGCGCUGCCCAACACCGCCAACUCUCUGAUCGGCCGCGCAGCUCACAUCGCCGUCCUGGACUCUGAGAUUUUCCUGGAAAAGUUCUUCCUGGUGGCAGGGCUCAAGUUUUUUCAGUAGCCGUGCUAGACAGGAAGUGAAUACCUCACUGCAAACAGACAUUUCUUUCUCUGUUAUUUUUCCCCCCUCACGGUUUUAAGUAUGCUCCUGGAGGUAAAGCAAAAUAUAUCAGUGUUAUUUUUGUUAUUGAUUCUGUUUCUAUUUAGUCUGUUGUGAACAUGGAAUUGAUCGUUUUUAUUUUUUUACUGCCAUGUUUUUUUAUUUUUAAGUAAUUUUAAUGUUCUGUUCACUAUUAAGAGAAUCAAACCUCCUCGUGGUAUUUUUUUUCAGUGUUAUUUAUGUACAACGUUAAUUUCUACAGUUUUCGUUUUAACACUUCUAUUAAACUAUCUCAUGCUGAACUGGAAAUGUAGCUGCUAAAAAAAACAAAAGAUAAAAGAAUGAACUAUUUAUUCGGGGUGAAGAUCCAGGUCGUCUUCAUGGUGAAAGCACGUUCACUCGAGCAUCUAGGGUUGGCUUGCAUCUGAACUGCAUAAAACAUUUUUUCUAUUAAGAAAUUGCCAUUUGACUACACAUUUUUUACAAACCUUGUUUUUAUUACGAAGCUUCCUGAACCUGGACGAACGUGAUUGUAGCUGAUACGAAGCAGCCUUGGACCGCGUGUUGGUUUUAUACGAUGUCUCUGGUGCCCAUUUUGCAUUCUCAUGCACAAUCUACACCCAGCCUGGUGUUGGGUGGGGGGGGGAACGCACGCUUGGCAUGUUAACAUUUUAUUUUUAUUACAGGUGAUACAGGUAGCUAAUUAACAGUGGGCCUGGUGUGUGGGGUUGAUGGUUCUUCAGUUUCAAACAGCACAAUAUUACUAAUCGGAUCACCAUUUUGGGGAAGUAUUUAUGUUCGGUUUGCUAUGGACGAGUUCAUUGAUUCUUGUGCGAAAGUACUUUAAAUAAAACAUGAAUUUAUCCUGUUUUUGUUAAAA